GUAUGGGUAGGCACAUUGUCGACAUCUAUUGGAGUGCCCUGUUCCCGUUAGUUCCCAACCAUGCGAAUGCUGAGGUGCGCACCACUUUUGGUUCUUGUUGCAGCCGUUCAUGUGUGCUUUGCAUGGGUGCAGUUCCGAGGUUUGCUCAGCGUUGGAUGCACCUGUCAAAGCAGAACAGCCAGAUGCAGGAUGCAGCGUAACGCUUCAUUUUCUGUUGUGCAGCAAGAGACCGCCAGAGCGCUCGAAGUCCUGGGACUUGAUCCUUCUGACUCUCCUAGCUCCGCAGAAGUAAAGAAAGCAUUCCGGCGCAAAGUGGCCCGCCUUCACCCUGACUUGAAAGGCGGAGAUUCUGGACCAGAGUUUCUUGAAGUUUUAGAUGCAUAUGCAGUGUUGACUGGACGUCAGCGUGUCUCAACGCCGGCUCCCAAUGGCCUUUCCGGGUUUGACAUUCAGCGAACGAGCAAGGGCAAAACAGACACCGAGCGGGAAGCGGAGUUUCAGAGGCCCGGUAACUGGCGCUGGGACCAAAACACAGGAUACAAUCCUAGAGAUCUCAACGAGGUAUGGGAUGAGAUAGGCUACAAUCCGUACACUGGCGAAUACCGUGAGCCGCCUCCAAAAGCAGAGGUAGAGGAACCAUGGGUGCCGGAACCACCAAGUGCAGUGAAACCUUCUCCACAAAGACCGAAAUCAAGGCCACCGAGAUUGGAAUUUGGCCUUGCACAGGCGAGGGAUCUUCCGGAACCGCUUCCGGUGCUUCAGAUUCUUGGAUACCUGCUCCUUGCAGCAGUGUGCGCCUUCUUUGCCCUGUCUCCUGAGCAGCUGUUGUCGGAGGAAGAGCGCGCCAAGCGCUUGGAAGAGUUGGAAAGGCGAGAGGAGGCGCAGGCCCAGCAGCGCCAACAGCGAGCAGCUUUGGAGAUCUUGUGGAGACAACGUGAGAGGCAAUGGCAGAUGGAACAAUUGAAGGGGUUUGCUGAGUAUGCGGAUCCCAUAGAUGAGGAAGAGGCUGCGUUUGAUGCAGCAAGAAACCCGAUUGGAACAGAUUAAGCUUGCUUAGGGUCUGUUGGGCGAGCAACAAGCUCGAAACCAGCAGAGAAAAACAGUGAAGAAAUCAUUAUUGCAGCUCCACCAAUGAGAGUGGGUGUUGCAAACGUGGUUGCCAAAGAGUGCAGCCUAUCUUCCCACCCAAGGGUUGCGGUUGCGGCAUGCUUUUGGCUUGUGGUCAUUUUCUGGGCC